AUGCAUCGUUUGCAGGCGUUCUUCGCCCUGCUCGUCGCUCUGUUCGCGUCGAGCGCAUUCUCCUCGGUCAUUUCCACCUUUUCAGACGACAAAUGCAAGGACAGCUUCCAGGUCUUUAAUGGGCCCAACGGCUAUCCCAACGGGUCGUGUGUUGCGCUGAAAUCCCACGGCGCUUUUGACAGUUUUCAGGUGACGCAGCUGGACCUCGAUUGCGGUGUCACAAUCUAUCACAAGGAUUCCAUCUCCGGUUCGCCUUGCUCGGACGAAUCCCCAAUUCUCGCGGACAUUGGGGUUUGCUACAAUUCGUCAUGGGUUUACUUUAGCAUCGAUAACUGCCAAACACCCGAAUCGACGACAUCUUCUCCAAGUACUGCUACCGCAACUACAUUAUCAACAUCUGCAUCGACCGCUUCCUCCUCAACAACAGCAGCAACUACGUCAUCCUCCUCCGGUGGUGGAAGCUCUACCAACGUCGGCGCGAUCGUGGGCGGUGUCGUUGGCGGCGUCGUUGGCCUGGCACUGAUCGCACUGGCCGCGUGGUUCCUCUGGCUUCGCAACGGGCGCUCACGCUCGCAACCACCCACAUCGCCACGAGGCUCAUUGCCGGACCUUGCAUAUCCGACGAAAAAGGGCAGCGUACCUGGCGACAUUUCCGAGACUGGUGGUGGCGGCGGCGGUGGUGGUGCUGGUAGUAGUGUCAUCGGCGCUGUCAUCUCAGACACCACCAACACCACGAACCAGAGAGUCCACGAGCUCGAACCAAGCCCAAACAGAGUCGAAAUGCCGACGACGGGGACCUGGACCAAGUAUGAGCUUUCGAACACGGAGGCGAGUCGAGAAGAGCCAAAGUUUUAUGCGGAAUUACCUGGGAAUAAUAAACAGUGA